UCCUGCGCACUAAAUCGUGACGUAGUUCUCAUGUAACCACCAUUUUGACGACCUCGCCGGUAACGUAGACUAUGUGGAGCAGUGUGGUCCGUAGCGCCGGUCUGGCGCCGUACCUGACCGCCACAUCGCAGUGUGUGGCGUCUCAGCUACGGCCUCUCAUCCCAGCGGUCGCCUUGAAGGCGGACUCGGUCCUGGUACCGCCACCGGUCGAGCCCCAGACGAGUUCUACCCUGGCCAAGACGCUACCCCGGUCUGCGUUACGAGUGACCUCUGGUGUUCACGGGCCAGGCCAGGUGCGGUUUGCCCACAGCGAUAUCACCGUGCCAGACUUCAAUGACUAUCGUCGCCGUGAUGCUCAGGACCCCAACAAACCCGCCGUGAGCAGCGACGUCUCCCGCAAGGCUUUCUCCUACAUGUUGGUUGGUGGCUGUGCGGUCACCUGCGCCUACGCUGCCAAGAACGUCGUACAAGAUCUCGUUACCACCAUGAGCGCGUCCGCUGACGUGUUAGCGUUGGCCAAGAUCGAGGUCAAGCUGGCCGAAAUCCCUGAGGGGAAGAGCGUGACCAUCAAGUGGCGCGGGAAACCGCUCUUCGUCCGCCACCGCACGGAAGAAGAAGUCAACGAGGUGCGUGCGGUGGAUCACAACACCCUGAGAGAUCCGGAGCCCGACGAGAUUCGCGUGCAGAAACCGGAGUGGUUGGUUCUGAUCGGCGUCUGCACGCAUCUCGGCUGCGUGCCCAUCGCCAACGCGGGCGACUACGGAGGCUACUACUGCCCGUGCCACGGCUCACACUACGACGCGUCGGGGAGGCUAAGGAAAGGCCCCGCCCCAUACAAUCUCGAAGUUCCAGAAUACACGUUCCCCGAUGAAGAAACACUUAUUGUAGGUUAACGAAGAAAUGUUCAAGUUUGAUACAUGUACAGAAAUAUAUUAAUCAUUUCAACAGUACUGUUAACAUAUGACAGCUUUUAAGGUCCUACUGAUGGUAGUUUAUUGCCCAUAUGGAAGUCAUUUACAAAGAUUGCCAAGUAGUUACAUGUGUAUUUUAAAAGGACAUAAAACUGGAUGUCUGAACCAUCUUGUUUGUGAUCACUGAAUAAACCGUUGGCUGUGUGAAAUGGU